AUGGACGCGGAGUUACAGAAGCUCGUAGACGAAUGGUUGCGCUUGGACAAGAAUGAAGAAACUCGACGGGAAAUUCAGGCUCUCGUAGAUCGCGGCGAUCUGGCCGAGCUGGACAGGCGGAUGCGAUCUCGGAUUGAAUUUGGUACAGCCGGUCUUCGCGGUCGGAUGGAAGCCGGCUGGAACAGGAUGAACGACCUCAUAAUUAUCCAGGCGUCUCAGUUAAAUGGUCUCUGCGCGUACGUCCUCGCCAACGUGAAAGGUGCCCGCGAGCGCGGUAUCGUUAUUGGCCACGACCACAGGCAUCACUCUGGCCACUGGGCACAACUCACAGCUGCAGCGUUUUUGGCUAAGGAUGUCAAAGUGUACCUCCAUGAAGGCCUUGUACACACGCCAUUGGUCCCGUUCAGUGUUAGGAGGCUGAAUGCGGCAUGCGGUGUUAUGAUCACAGCUAGCCAUAACCCGAAGAAUGAUAAUGGUUACAAAGUGUAUUGGGAGAAUGCAGUCCAGAUCAUCUCUCCGCAUGACGAAGGAAUUUCAGGAGCUAUCAAGGCUAAUCUUGAGCCUAUGGCCUGGGACGUAUCUAAACUGACCUCCUCGCCCCUUUGUCUCGACCAUACCGAAGAAAUGAAACAAGCCUACUUCGAAUCUCUUGCAGCGCUAUCAACAGCGAAAUCGAGCAACUCGUCCACGCCGAUCAAGUUCGUCAAUACCUCGAUGCACGGUGUCAGCCACCCGUUCAUGGUUGAAGCGUUCCGCCGCUUCGGCUUCGAACCCUUCGUCGCGGUAGCAGAGCAGCAGUCGCCUGAUCCCGAGUUCCCGACGGUCAAGUUCCCCAAUCCUGAGGAACACGGUGAGUGUUUUGAUUUGGCGUUGGCGACCGGCGACCGGGUCGGCGUCAACUACGUCCUCGCGCAAGAUCCCGACGCGGACCGUUUCUCUGCUGCAGAACGAGGGCCGGACGGAAAGUGGAUCGCGUUCACGGGAGACCAGCUGGGUGCGCUCUUCGCCAGCGCUGUCUUGGACAAAUAUAAGGCGUCCGGCAAGCCUCUGAACAAACUCGCCAUGGUCGCGUCGACCGUUAGCUCGAAGAUGGUCGAGGCAAUGGCGGCCGCAGAAGGCUUCAAGUUUGUUGAAUGCCUAACAGGCUUCAAGUUCAUUGGUAACACGGCCCUCAACCUCGAGCAAGAGGGUUACGAGGUGCCGUUCGGCUAUGAGGAAGCUAUCGGGUACAUGUUCGGCAGCGAGAUCCGGGACAAAGACGGCGUGGCGGCGAGCAUGAUGUUCGCAGAGCUCGUCGCGUCUCUGCAUCGCGCGGGCAAGAGCGCAAGCCAACACCUGCAGGAUCUAUACUCGCGCUACGGCUACUUCCAGACACUGAACAGCUACUUCGUCUGCACAGACCCAAAGACGAUCGACCGCAUCUUCGCGCGGGUCCGCAACUGGGACGGGUGCGGCACCGCGCUGCGCCCGGCGUACCCGCCGACACUCGCAGGCCUGCAGGUCACGAGCGUCCGCGACCUCACGGUCGGCUACGACAGCGCAAACCCGCCGACGUACAAGCCUGCGCUGCCGCUCUCGUCCGGGCAUAUGAUCCAGUUCAGGGCCGAGUCGCCAGCGGACGGCACGAAGAUCACUCUGACGACGCGCACGAGCGGGACGGAGCCCAAGAUCAAAUACUAUCUGGAGGGCAGCGGCAAGGACGCCGCGCACGUUUCUGUGCUGCUGGGACGUGUUGUCGCAGAGCUCGCGGACGGGUGGAUGGAAGCCGACAAGAAUAACCUCGGUAUUCCGUAGUCCUGACCACCCACACAGACACGUUUAACAUUGUAAUUGGACAAAUCAAGGAAUUAAGGCUACAUAGAGCGCAUAUGGGCUAUUGUGUGUGGAAGAAAUAAUUCACAGAGCGGUGAGUCGCGCCCUGCGACGCUCGUCAAACGCCUUCGCGCGCUCCCAAACAUCGAUUGUGAGCUCAGUCUGAUGCAUCGAAAGUGCAUAUAGCCUGCGAAAACGGCGCUCAGUAUCCAGUUGAGAAACAAUGGGCUUAACGUGAUGUGUACGCACUUGGCGACUGUCAUCCGCCGAAUGAGGUCGUCCGAUGUGAUUGUCCUGUCCUUCUGGCGGUCGCCAACGAAGUCUUGUUGAAUAUGCUACAGGAACG